ACCCAUGAUAUUCCUGAUUGUGCUGUGGUGGACUGAAUCAUGCAACAAACUGUGAGGAGCAAGAAGAGGGGGAUACAUUGGACCAGGGAAAAGAACCUAAAAUACUUAGAGUUCACCGAUGACUUGUGUCUGACGUCGUACAAACUUGAAGAUCUACAGGCGAAAACUAACAAGUUGGCAGAAGAGGCAGCGAAGACGGGAGUUCAGGUGAAUAUAGAGAAGACAGAGGUGAUGAAGAUGCCCAACCCUCAACACCAACAACAACAACAACAAACUCCAAUCACCAUUAACGGGAGAAACUUAGAGGAAGUAGCCUCCGCCUAUCUAGGAAGCACUGUUUCAACUACAGGUGGCACAGAUGAGGAGGUCAAAGUCAGGAUCGGAAAAGCAAGUCAGGCGUUCAUUAACUUGAAACCAGUGUGGAGAUCUUCUGCACUCAGCACAGAGUGAACAAGAUGUGGAUUGUUAACACCAACGUGAAGUCAGUGCUUCUGUAUGGCUCGGAGACUUGGCGUGUUACGAAAGGGAUUUCCAACAAACUACAGACAUUCAUCAACAGCUGUCUACUCUCGUUACUGAAGAUCAGAUGGCCAGAACAAUGAGAAUAAG